AAAAUAAAAUAAAUGGGAGCAAAGUCCACGUUUGCGCGCGUUCGGAAACCCUAGGCGCAGUGCGCACGAGGCCCUUCUCCCUCGGCGCAUUUUAGCAUUAGAACUCUCUGGUCUCCUUCGCUGUUUCUGCAACUCUUACUGCGUUGCGGAGCUUCACACAAUUUGUGAUAUCCACAGAGAGGGAGAGGGAGAGGGAGAGAGAGAGAGGAUUAUGGGAAGCACCUUUCUUUCUCCGCCACCGAAGCGUUCCAUACCCGACCCGAACCCGUUUUCUCCCAACGGAUCUUCCAAGCGUUCCAGGUCAUCCAAGCCUCCGCCUCCGCCACUCUCCAUACCACCCGGCCACGUGGCCUUCCGCCUCCUCUGCAACGCCUCUCGUAUUGGCGGAGUCAUUGGCAAGUCCGGCGCCAUCAUCAAAACCCUCCAGAGAUCCACCGGCUCUAAGAUCCGAGUCGAGGACGCGCCGGCCGAGUCGCCCGACCGAGUCAUUCUUGUCAUUGCAGACUCUGCACUCGGCGGCAAGGUUCUGCUGAACGAAGACACCGUUGAAAUGUCGAAGGCGCAGGAAGCGCUGUUGAAGGUCUUUGAUAGGAUCCUCGAUGUCGCGGCAGAGACGGAAGGGGUUGAGGUUGGCGACAGGGUGAUGUCUUGCCGGCUGGUGGUGGAUGCGGCACAGGCUAGCUCCGUUAUUGGCAGGGGAGGGAAGGUGGUGGAGAAGAUUAAAAAGGACACUGGAUGUAAAAUUAGGGUUUUAACUGAUAAUUUGCCACUUUGCAUUUCCUUUUCCGACGAAAUCAUUGAGAUAGAAGGCAAAGUGUCAUCUGUAAAGAAGGCACUUGUUGCAGUCUCCCAACGCCUUCAAGAUUGUCCUCCUGUUGAUAGAGCAAAGGUGGUGGGGAGCAAACCUUAUGAAAUGGUACAGCAUGAAGCUUUAGUUGCACUUCCUCGUGAGACUUAUACUGCAGCACCUCGUGAGACUUUUACUGCAGCUCCGCGUGAGACUUUAAAUGCAGUUUCACGUGAGUCUGUAGAUCAUAUGUUGCUGAGAAGCUCUACACUGUCUACUUUAUCCAGUACCUCUAACAGCUAUGCUACUGGAGUUCAUUCACUUCCAGUGGAAGUUAAUAGAGUCUCAUCCCUGGAACCAAGAACACUUCAGCAGGAAGUCACCUUCAGAAUUCUUUGUCCAAAUGAUCGAGUUGGAGGAGUUAUUGGAAAGGGAGGCAGUAUUGUUAGAGCACUUCAGAGUGAGACAGGGACUAUGAUAAGUAUUGGUCCUGCAGUAGCUGAGUGUGAGGAUCGAUUAAUUACUAUUACUGCUUCAGAGAAUCCUGAGUCAAGAUAUUCCCCAGCACAAAAAGCUGCUGUGCUUGUUUUCUCUAGGUGUGUCGAGGCUGGUUUGGAGAAGGGCCUAGAUUCUGGAUUAAAUAUGGGGUCAUCUGUUACUGCACGACUUGCAGUCCCAUCAAGCCAAGUGGGCUGUUUGUUAGGAAAAGGUGGAGUAAUAGUGUCAGAAAUGCGAAAGGCAACAGGGGCUAGCAUAAGAAUAAUUGGUGCCGAUCAGGUUCCCAAAUGUGCAUCAGAUAAUGAUCAAGUUGUACAGAUAUCAGGAGAGUUUUCGAAUGUGCAAGAUGCGCUAUAUAAUGCAACUGGUAGAUUGCGAGAUAAUCUUUUUAUCAGUACACAGAAUAGUGCUGGAACAAGAAGCUUUUCCUCUCUACAAGUUGAUACCAGUCCAUAUGGGAGAUUGCGGGAUGUUGUUCCUCUUGGAAGCCAACCAGCCUCUGCCACUUCUCAUAGUCUGAGUAGACAUACUUUUGCUCAAGGCAUUGAUCAUCGUCCUCUUUCCAGAAAUUUAGAGCGCCCUUCUUCACCAGGGUUUUGGAUGCCAUCAACAGUGGCUGGGAUAAAUUCAAGAGGCAUUAAUGAUGUUAGUUGGGGAUUGAAAUCUCGAAAAGGCGGCUUAGAACUUGUCAGUGGAAGUAAAUCUGCUAUUGUGACUAACACCAUCAUCGAAAUUGUGGUUCCUGAUGAUACUAUUGACUCUGUAUAUGGGGAAAAUGGUAGCAAUUUGGCUCGUCUGAGACAGAUUUCGGGUGCCAAGGUUGUUGUCCAUGAACCACGUCCUGGAACAAGCGAAAGAACUAUUGUGAUAUCCGGUUCACCAGAUGAAACCCAAGCUGCUCAGAGCCUUCUCCAAGCAUUUAUUUUGAGUGGAUCAUGACAUCCCCUCACUAAUGUCCCAUUAUUUUCAAUUAGAUCGUUUAGUUUGUUGACUGUAUUGAUUUUUGUUUUCCGUUUUGGCCCCACCUGAAAUCAUGUAAUAUCCUGCCUUGUAUUAUUCCCCAGCAGUUAGUGUCUUUGGCUAAAUUAAUUCAGCUCAGGCUGCCCACUGAACAAUAGUGUAGUAAUUUAACUUCAAUCGCUUGAUUCUUUAGUGCAUAGCAGUAACAACAGUGAGUCUUUCAUUCAAACAACUUUCGCUCGUUGUUUACCUGUAUUUUUUUAAGACCUUAAUUACCUGCUUUGCAUGCCUACGAGCAAGAUGUCCUGAUUCAACAACUUGUUUAGUUUAGUU